UCUCAAAUACGAAUGAAAAAAUUUGGACGAGGGAUAAAAAAAAAUUUGUCCAAAGAUAAAGUGAAAAUAAAAUCAUAAUUGUUGUUUUCAAUUAUACAAUGUGUCAAGUGGGUGGAUGUUAAUUAUCUGCCAAUAACUCUCGAGAAAAAAAAUUGUGAGACAAGUAAAACAUAAGAGAAUUACUUAAAUAAGUAAUUUUAUAUUACUUUUUUUGACCGAGUAAUUUUUUUAUCGCCAUCGCAGUGAGAUCUGAUAAUCGAGAAGUGUGUGCAGGCCAUACAAAAGUUACUCGGUCGGUAAGAUUAAGUUUUAGAUCUACGACGAAAUUCCAGUAGCUAGCCGGUGUUAAUUCAACGCAACCCUGGUAAUAACUUAGACCGUAGGUAAUAAAUUCGCAACUCGUCUAGUCAGCGAUGAAAAGUUAUAUCGCAUUGUGCUGUGAUGUUCGCGUGUUUCUGCAAAUGUGAAUGAUUUUAGUGAAAAUCACCGACGGGGCUAAAAAGAUGCUAUGGCUGCCUCGGGAUCACGGGAAAAUGAGGAGGACCUAAACGGAGACUCGGGGUCCGAAGCGAGCAGCAUCUUCCAGUCUGGAUCUGUUAUUUCAACUGUACCUGACAGGCAUGGCUUUCUGGGAGGAGCGCAGUAUAGUCCUGAACCAAGACAGAUUGUGCCGCCAGAGGUAAUACUUCGAAGGGAGCGAAAAUGGCUACGAAUGUUGGGAAAAUGGAACAACUUUAUGUCAGCAAACUAUCGCAAAGUCAGAGAGAGAUGUCGGAAGGGAAUACCACCAUCUGUGAGGCCACGUGCAUGGCUCUACCUCUGCGGAGGAAAACUGCUGAUGGAUGAAAACCCGCACUUAUAUGCAGAGCUGAUUGCCAGACCUGGAGAUCCAAAGUACAUUGAAGAUAUACGGAAGGAUCUUCACCGGCAGUUUCCUCAGCAUGAAAUGUUUGUUGAGAAUGCACCUGGCCAACAAGAAUUGUUCCAAGUUCUCAAGGCCUACUCCAUUCUCAACAGCAAAGUCGGCUACUGUCAAGCUCAGGCACCCAUCGCAGCAUUUUUACUCAUGCAUAUGCCCGCUGUACAGGCCUUUUGGUGUCUCGUCGCGGUCUGCGACAAGUAUUUAGUGGGUUACUACAGUCAAGGCAUGGAAACACUGCAGCGUGACGGAGACAUUUUGUUUGCACUUCUAAAGAGGGUGUCUCCAGUUGCUUACAAACAUUUGAAGAAACAGAAGAUGGAGCCAAUUUUGUACAUGACUGAAUGGUUUCUAUGCGUUUAUACGCGAACAUUACCCUGGGAGAGCAUUUUGCGUGUUUGGGACAUGUUUCUUUGCGAAGGAGUAAAGAUUAUCUUCAAAGUUGGACUAGUUUUGCUCAAGGGUUGUCUGGGCCGCUCGACUCUCACCAAACACUGUCCAACCAUGUAUGAAACUCUUCAACAAUUGAGGAAUCCUCCUCACCAGCUCAUGGAGGAGGAGAUGCUCGUGAAUCAGAUUCAUAGACUGAAAUUGAGUGAAGAAGACUUUGAAUAUGAGCACCAGAGGCAAGUGGUUCGUAGAAAAUCGAAAGACCAAGCACCUCCGCAGCCUACGAUGAACGGAACUGACUGAUUGAAAAAAGAAAGCAUGAAAAUGGAAUCAACAGCUAUCAAGAAAAGCUCUUGAACAUAUUCCCUGAAAUACGAUGUGCCUUUUCCACAAGUAUAUCAUAUAGGUAUGCAUGUAUAUGUAAUGCACAGAGUAUGAAGUCUGUUCAUCAUAGUUAAUUGAAAUAUUAAUUCAUAUUAUUAUUAUUAUGUUAUUAAUUAUUAUUAUGUUAUUAAUUAUUAUAAUCUAUGUUGAAGAAUGAAAACACGGUGUUUUAUGCACAUUCCCGCAGUAGAUAAAUUACAUACUUAGUACCUUUGUUCUAUUCACAUUGUUAUUACGAUUGUUGAUAAUACAAAACAAGCACAAUA